AUGAGGUGGACGGCCGAGCUCGAGAGCAGCUUCAUGGGAGCCGUCGAGCGCCUCGGCGGCCGAGACAGCGCCAAGGUGACUCCGAAGCGCAUUCUUGAGCUGAUGGAUGUCCCAGGGCUCACCAUAUCCCACGUCAAGAGCCACCUUCAGAUGUACAGAUGCACACCGCAUGGCAAUGGAAAGAAAGGUGACGGAGGUGCCAAAAAUCCCUCUGCCUUUCUUCCUGAGACGCAGCCACAACUUGGCCUCGAGAAUCAUCCGUUUGCCACCGACGAGCGAGGCUCCGAAGGACUCACAUUCCUACCCAUGAAAAGGGCCAAGGCAGGGACAGAGGUUGCAGCCUCAUGCAAGAGCAUGCAAGGGAACAGUGGUAUGAGGAUGGUGAUGAUUCCUGGCAACCGGUGCUGCAUUGAUGAUUACGUGCAACUGCAAGCAAGGUCGUUCAUGGACAGGAUGAGGACCGUAAACGAGGGCCUCCGACGGCACAGCGCUGCUGCUGCAAGCCUCCAGGAAUUACGACCUUGGGUGGAAGGCCCAAAGGCCUCUAAGUCUAAGGAAAGCAAGCCGGAAGCAGUCCGUCGUCUGAACCAUACGGCGAGGCAGUUAUCUUCCAUCGAGAGCUAUGAGCGUGGGUGCUUCCUAUUCAGCAGUGCAACGAGCGGAGAAUAUGAGCCGGCGGCUUACUUGGGGGCCAGCGGAUGCUCGCCGUCGCCAUGGUUCGCCGGGGAGCAGAGAGCCGUGAAAGAUGUCUCUUCCUGGCCCAGCCAGAGCAGCUGUGCGCUCUCGCCGUCUUCGAGGAGCUUCAGCGACUGCUCGGGGCCUCCGGGCUGCAGCUUUUCUGGGCAGGGGAUUAACCUGGAACUUUCCCUGUCGAUACCUGGAUUGUAG